AUGGCUGAGUUUUUAUUUCCUGGUACCAACAACUUCCGUAAGUUCACCUUGGAAUCCUUGGCUGCUAUUGAAAAGAGAAUUGAUGCCAAGAGGACUUGUCGAAGAAAUACUGCAGACCAGAAACCCGAAGAAAAAACACGCCCUCAACUGGACCUAAAAGCUUUCCAGAAGUUACCUGCUCUCUAUGGAAAUCCUCCACCGGAGCUCAUUGGGGAACCCCUGGAAGAUCUUGAUCCCUACUACAAAGAUCGCAAAGUUUUCAUAGUGCUGAACAAACAGAAAACCAUCUUCAGAUUUACUGCUACACGUGCCUUAUGGAUCCUGAGCCCUUUCCAUCCACUCCGAAGAACAGCAAUUAAAAUUUUAGUACAUUCAUAUCCUUUUUUAUUCACCUGGUUUAUUAUAUGCACUAUUUUAACUAACUGCGUGUUCAUGGCUCAGACUGAGUCAUCUAAGGCUUCUCAAUCUCCUUCUUGGAGCAAGUAUAUUGAACUCACUUUCACUGGCAUUUACACUUUUGAAUCACUGAUAAAGAUACUGGCAAGAGGAUUCUGCCUAAAUGAGUUCACUUUCCUUCGUGAUCCAUGGAACUGGUUGGAUUUCAGUGUUAUCGUUAUGGCAUAUGUGGGAGCAUUUAGUAAACUGGGGAGUGUGUCAGUCCUUCGGACAUUUAGGGUUUUAAGAGCUUUAAAAACUAUUUCUGUAGUUCCAGGACUCAAGAUCAUUGUAGGUGCUCUCAUCCAGUCUGUUAAGAAACUUGCUGAUGUGAUGAUCCUGACAGUUUUCUGCCUGAGUGUCUUUGCCCUCAUUGGCCUCCAGCUUUUUAAGGGAAACCUGAGACAAAAGUGUAUCAGGAACUACACAAAGAUCAAUGAAACUGUUUAUGCUGAUAACAGAACAUGGGACUCCUUUGAAAUGUUUAUUAAUGAUACAGCAAACUUGGCUAGGAAGGAGGGCACCCCAGAUAUUUUACUAUGUGGUUCUGGUGCUGGGACCUGCCCUUCAGGAUUUAUAUGCCAGAAGGUUGGGUCCAAUCCUGAUUAUGGUUUCACCAGUUUUGAUACAUUUGGCUGGGCCUUUCUUUCCUUGUUUCGGCUGAUGACACAGGACUGCUGGGAGCGCCUCUAUCAGCAGACGCUCAGAGCCUCUGGGAAGGUCUAUAUGCUCUUCUUUAUGCUGGUCAUCUUUCUGGGCUCAUUUUAUCUAGUCAACUUGAUUCUGGCAGUGGUAACGAUGGCAUAUGAAGAUCAGAACAAGGCCACCAUUGCUGAAACUGAGGCAAAGGAAAGGAAAUUUCGGGAGGCCAUGGAAUUAAUACAGAAAGAACAAGAGUCACUGGCCAUUAGAGGAAUUGAUAUCAUGUCAAUUUGCUCCUUUGAAGUCUCUUCUUUGUCACCUAAAGAAAUCAAAGAAAGAAGCAAUAGGAAAAAGAGAAAUAAGUCCCUGGGGAUAGAAGAUUAUGAAGAAGAGCAAUUUUCCAAAUCAGAAUGCACAGACAGUCAACGAAAGUUGCAGCCAGAUGUAAAUGAGGAGAACAGCAUGAUGCAUUUGCAUCCUCAUCUGUCAGUGGAGCACUUUAAUGAGGCACUUCAAAGACAAAGGGCAGCAAGUGCAGUCAGCAUAAUUACCAGUGUCUUGGAGGAACUUGAAGAAUCCCAGUGGAGAUGCCCUCCCUGCCUGAAAAAAUUUGCUUUAAAGUAUCUUAUUUGGGACUACUGUCCGCUUUGGUUGAGAAUCAAGAAAAAAGUGGCUGCUUUCAUAAAGGAUCCUUUUAUUGAUCUCACCAUCACCGUCUGCAUUGUGAUGAACACUUUGUUCAUGGCACUGGAGCACAAUAACAUGUCAGAUAAUUUUAAAUCAAUGCUUAAUGUAGGCAACUUGAUUUUUACAGGAAUCUUCACUGCAGAAAUGAUCUUGAAAAUCAUUGCUCUAGAUCCCUAUUAUUAUUUUCAGCAGCCCUGGAAUAUUUUUGACUGUGUAAUUGUCACAUUGAGCUUAAUUGAACUGAGCCUUCCCAAGCACAAGAGCAAGAAAGAAAGGAGAAAAGGAGGAACCAUGACAGUUUUACGAUCCUUCAGAUUGCUAAGGGUCUUCAAACUGGCAAAGUCCUGGCCAACUUUAAACACUCUUAUUAAAAUCAUUGGUAACUCCAUGGGUGCCCUGAGUAAUCUGACCUUCGUCCUGGCAAUCAUAGUUUUUAUUUUUGCUAUAGUAGGGGUGCAACUUUUUGGGAGAAGUUAUGGGGACAACUGUGAUAAAAUAGCUAAAAAUGGCAAACCACGCUGGCAUAUGAUGGACUUUUUCCACUCAUUCCUCGUAAUUUUCCGAAUUCUGUGUGGAGAAUGGAUUGAGACCAUGUGGGAUUGCAUGGUGGUAGCUGAAAAACCAUUGUGCCUCGUUGUGUUUUUGCUGGUCAUGGUGAUAGGAAAUUUGGUGGUUCUCAACCUGUUCAUUGCGCUAUUAUUGAAUUCCUUCAGCACUGAUUCUCUCCAGACAACAGAAGAUGAUGGAGAGAUGAAUAAUCUUCGGACUGCCUUUGCUCGGAUUCACAAGGGAUUUCACCUUGUAAAGAGCAUUAUGUGGGAUAACUGUUGCAGAAAGCUCAAGCAUCUGAAAAAAGCACAUGGAAAGAAAAUUAAAUUGACUGCCCAGAACCAGCUUGGUUUUGGAACAAAAGAAAUGCAUUGUAACGAGAAUUAUAUUAAUGAAAGGGUUGAGAAAAAUGAGGACAAAUACUCCAGUCUGGAAGAUUUUAUUAACAACCCCAAUAUAUUUGUUUGUGUCCCUAUUGCUGAGGCAGAGAAUACCAGUGAGGGUUUUGAAGAAGAAGAUAAGCUGAGUACAUUUACAGUCACAGAAUACAACAAAAAGUUCGACAGUGUCAGCUCUUCUGAAGGCAGUACCGUGGAUCUGACGAAUCCUGAGGAUCUUUUGAGGCAGAUUCCAGAGUUUGCUGAAGAUUUUAAGAACCCAGAUAUGUGUUUUCCAGAAGGCUGCGUUCGACACUUUCGUUGUUAUGCGGGUAGAGCCAUGAACUUGGGAGGACAAACAUGGUGGAACCUGAGGAAAACUUGCUUCCGAAUUGUUGAACACUCCUGGUUUGAAUCCUUUAUCAUAUUCAUGAUUCUUCUGAGCAGUGGAACCUUGGCAUUUGAAGAUAUCCAUUUAAGCAAGAGAACGCGUGUAAAAAUUAUGUUGGCAUUUCUUGACAAAAUAUUCACUUUCAUCUUUGUUCUGGAGAUGCUUCUGAAAUGGGUGGCUUAUGGCUUCAAGAAGUACUUCACCAAUGCCUGGUGCUGGCUGGACUUCCUCAUUGUACAUAUUUCUUUAAUAAAUAUCAUAGGGAGUUCACUUGAGUAUAUGAAAUCUCUGAGGACUCUCCGAGCUCUGAGACCCUUGAGAGCGUUGUCACGAUUUGAAGGGAUGAGGGUCGUGGUCAAUGCCCUCGUGGGAGCUAUCCCUUCCAUCAUGAAUGUCCUACUCGUCUGUCUCAUCUUCUGGCUCAUCUUUAGCAUCAUGGGAGUGAACCUGUUUGCUGGAAAGUUUGGGAAGUGUGUCAAUUUGACAGAAGAAGAUUCAGAAUUAAAUAGUUCUAUUAAUGACAUAACAGACUGUAAAAAUUACAAUAAUACAGGAAAAAUAUACUGGAUCAAUGUCAAAGUGAAUUUUGAUAAUGUUGGCUCUGGUUAUCUGGCUCUUCUGCAGGUGGCAACAUUUAAAGGUUGGAUGGAAAUUAUGUACGCAGCAGUAGAUUCGCGAGAGAAAAAUGAACAGCCCAAAAUGGAACAUAGUCUAUUUAUGUAUCUCUACUUUGUGAAUUUCAUCAUCUUUGGGUCUUUCUUUACCCUGAAUCUCUUUGUUGGUGUUAUUAUUGACAACUUCAACCAACAAAAGAAAAAGAUAAGUGGGGAAGAUAUCUUUAUGACAGAAGAACAGAAAAAAUAUUACAAUGCAAUGAAAAAACUAGGAUCCAAGAAACCUCAAAAGCCUAUCCCAAGACCAUUGAACAAAUACCAAGGGUUCCUUUUUGACACUGUAACACGUCAAGCCUUCGAUGUCAUCAUCAUGAUUCUUAUCUGCCUCAACAUGGUCACCAUGAUGGUGGAAACGGAUGACCAAAGCGAAAAGAAGUCUUACGUUCUUAAUAAAAUCAAUAUACUUUUUGUUGCUAUCUUUACUGCAGAAUGUGUAUUGAAAUUGGUGGCUCUGAGGCAAUACUAUUUCUCAAAUGCUUGGAACAUAUUUGAUUUGGUCGUGGUGAUCAUGUCACUUAUUGCUUUAUUGCUUUCUGGCAUUGGUAAAGCAUUUGAACAUUUCUUGCCACCUACGCUCUUCAGAGUCAUUCGCUUGGCUCGAAUUGGACGAAUACUAAGGCUCAUCCGAGCUGCCAAAGGAAUUCGAACUCUCCUUUUUGCCUUAAUGAUGUCCCUGCCUGCUCUGUUCAACAUCGGCCUCUUGCUUUUUCUGGUCAUGUUCAUUUAUGCCAUUUUUGGCAUGGCUAACUUUGCUUAUGUGAAGUUGGAAGAUGGUAUUGAUGAUAUGUUCAACUUCCAAACCUUUGCUAACAGCAUGCUCUGUCUCUUCCAAAUCACAACCUCGGCUGGCUGGGAUGGACUGCUCAGUCCCAUUUUAAGCACUGGACCACCGUAUUGUGAUCCGAACAUAAGUGGUGUAGUAGGUGAAUGUGGUAAACCUGCCAUAGGCAUUAUUUAUUUUGUAAGUUACAUCAUUAUAUCAUUCCUCAUUGUUGUAAACAUGUACAUAGCUGUUAUUUUAGAGAACUUCAAUGCUGCCACUGAGGAAAGUGCAGAGCCUCUAGGUGAGGAUGACUUUGACAUCUUUUAUGAAGUUUGGGAGAAGUUUGAUCCUGAAGCAAGUCAGUUUAUAACUUUCUCUGCACUUUCAGACUUUGCAGAUGCUCUGGCUGAACCUUUACGUGUACCUAAACCAAACAAAGUUGAACUCAUAUCAAUGGACCUGCCCAUGGUCAGUGGGGAUAGGAUCCAUUGCUUGGAUAUUUUAUUUGCUUUUACUAAACGAGUGUUGGGAGACUCUGGGGAAAUGGACGCUCUGAAAGUGCAGAUGGAGCAAAAGUUCAUGGCUGCCAAUCCUUCCAAAGUAUCUUACGAGCCAAUUUCCACUACACUUAGACACAAACAAGAAGAAGUUUGUGCCACUGUCAUCCAACGUGCAUACCGGAGUCAUUUGCUUCAACGCUUCAUAAAGCAGGCUUCUUACUUGUACCAUCGCAGAACUUGCAGUGGUGAUGUUCUUGGAGAGGAUGCUCCAGAAAAGGAAGGACUUAUUGCAUCUAUGAUGGAUGAAAACUAUGGUAGGAGUCCAGACAAGUCUGAAACUUUGUCCUCAGCAUCUCUUCCUCCAUCAUAUGACAGCGUCACAAGAGCCAGUAGUGGCAAUCUCAUGAUUGAGAAUGAAGAAUUUGUAGAUAAUCAACAAUCUUCAGAUAUUAAAUAG